CCAUUUGCACGUCAGGGCUCUCCCAUAGUAUCUAAGGACGCAUCAACACUUCGUUCGCGACUUGGUGGUGUCCAACCUCUUUAAAACGGUUUGUUUCUACUUUACUUAGUUUCACCCGUUAGGCGAUUGCUGUUCAGUCUUUCGGCAGUGUUUACCUGGCUUGGCCGAGUGGCGAAGCACAUCACAGCUCGGCAGUUUCAAAGAAGUUAAAAAAAAUAAUCGCGGACUAGCAGUGGAAGUCGACAGAGCACGUCCGAACAGGUUCUUUUGGCUCACUCUUGCGUGACAGGCUCUGUGUGCUGCUCGAGCUGGGACGAAGAUGCCAGGGUCAAGACAAAAUAUAUGUGGGUACGGAGAAAGUUCCCCGAAUGUGCCGUCGAACACAAAGUUCUAUGAGUACCCGCCAGCAAGAGGGGAAGUACUAGGUGCUGAUGAGGUACAAGGCAGAGAUGGACCGCCGCAUCCGCAACUGCCUCAUCCGCAUGAAGGGCCGAAUCAAGCAGUACGGGCCUGGCGUGUGUCUGGGAAUCACCAGUGAGGUGGCGGUGCUGGAAUCUUUCCCUAACUCGGAGUGGGGCGAUCGCCGUGACUGGUGUCUGGCUGUCUUCAUGUUCCCCAGCGAGAAACAAGCUACUCUUUGGUACAUCAGUGAGCCUGAACUCAAGCAACAUGAUUUUCUCCCUCCCUCCGACAGCGUGGCGCUCUUCUGCAUGCCUCUCCGCUACUUGCCACAGCCAGGCAACCUGACCUUUAACUGGGAAGAGAUGCACAAUGUGCGGAGCAACUCCUUUCUCCAGAAGGAGUACAUCGACAAGGUUGCGAGCCUGUACGACGCGAAGGGCGUCAACCACGGCGUGAUCUUCGUGCAAGAUCCUGGCUCCCAGAAUCAGAUGAAGCGUUUCAAGGAUGCCUGGAUCCCCUACAGUGCACACGCAUACUGCGCAGUCCACCUCUUUGAAAGUCCAUCAGCCUUCUAUGACGUGUACCACAGUGACAAAGGCAGCCAUCUGCGAGCGAGACGAGCAGAGGUGUGCGACACACUCUCCCUUCUCUUCACAGUCAACCCCAACAUCACCGGCUGAGGUCACGUGAUUCUCUCCCUUCCGUCCCCUCUACCUUCUAAAGAAAACAUUUAGCAACACUUGUUUCCACAUGCCUAUAGCAGCUUAUGAUAUGUUUACAGAGGUUUUUUUUGGGAUAGCCUAUUCACCUAGAAAGUCUGAUUAGUCUGAUCACCUGAUUAGUCUGUGUAACCAGAAGAUAUUUUACAGUAUUUUCAGUCGUGGGACUGUCAUGACCCCUGUCAGAUUCUGUAGUGCAAUAUAGAAUUUUGAGCAAUAUUGUAUCGCUGUCUUGUCCUGAGCUCGUUAGAAUCAUAUGUGCUCUCCUACUAACAUUAUAUACACACAUACGCAGCUGAACUAAUGGGGUGUCAUGGGGCUGGGUCACAGGCUGUCUCCCUUGCUUCGCCAUGCGAGUAGUAGGAGCGAUAUCCUCUAUGGUUGGAGUCCGUACCAUCUACAGCAACAUGAUGAUGGGUCUACUAACUUAGUGACACGUGGACUGCAAUGAACUGCUACAAUGAAUCAAGCAGCUGUCUGUGCCCAUACCACACGUUUUGGGAUGUAUCAAAGAACGUAUCAAACACCUCACACAAUACCAUCAUAUGUUCAUAAAUAUGAAUAAAUGUAAACAAGACUGCGACUCUACGUGUAGUUAUAUUCCAAUGCUUAUUAAUAUUUACUAUGAUCUUUUAGGAUGUUAUUUUUUCCCUUCCUUUCCCACUUGCUUGCUUGCCACAUCACAUUCCCCAAAGCCUCGAUAGCCAUAAAAGUCUGUGAUAUUUUAUUUCUCUAGAAAAUGACUUGUCUUCCUGUGCAGUAAGUAAUCUCUCAGCUGCUAGAAUGCUUUUUUUCUUAAACCUAGACAUGUAAUGUUUAAAUCUAUCUUUCUGAACUUAACAAUUUAGUCUCUUGAUCGUUUCUUUAAAAAUACAUACACUGUCACGGGCAUUUCUGCCCCGUUUUCUCAAGAAUGUCUUAAAAUAUUCUGAAACAAAACAAAACAAAAGCCUUUGUGAGGCCGCACAUCAAAGUUGUCAUUAUAUUUUAGACUACAAAGUGCCUUUUAAUAAACUGAAAAUUAAAAUUAAACCAAACUAAUUGCUGCUGGAACCACAAGGUUAGAAUCAACAGAGGUCAGUGACAUCUGCAAAGGCUGGUGUUGUUGUUAUUGUGGAUGAGCAAACCUCACAACUCAUCGACGAAAAGCUUCCAAAGUCUCCGCUAGUCCAGGGCGUCUUUGUGAGCUUUGGCAGAGGCUGAACACCACGCGGUCAGCCAGCUUUGGCUGCGAGUAGAAUCCCUUUGAAGUGAAAGCCUCUUAUCUCCUUUUCCUUUUGAAAGGCUGAAAGACCGUUGGUCCAGUCGCUUGAUAGGCAAGCUUGAUGUGACGUCAUGACGGUUUCUUGGCAUCUUGCCGCCGUCGUGGGUAGCGAUCAAAAUAAAUUUACAUUCAAACAAG